CUCUGGAGUCUAAACUAAACUGAAAGACCGGAGGAGGAGGAGUCCCACUGUCUGAGUGAGUCUCUCUCUCUCUGUGUGUGUCUCUGUCUCUGUGUGUGUCUCUGUGUGUGUCUCUGUGUAUGUGUGUGUCUCUGCGUGUGUGUGUGUCAGAGAGAGAACUGGAGUGCGUGUGGCUCAGGUCGCAGAGGGGAGUGUGUCUGUGCAAGCGUUUAAGCACCAUGGACAGCAACCGGGAGCCAGUCUCGUUAACAACCAACCAGUGGGAGGGUUAGAGCAGCCCGCUCUCUUCUCAGUGUUGACCGGAGGAGCUCCCGUUGCCAGCGACAGAGACGACUCACUUUUGGAUUUGGAAAUCAUGAUCUAGUCUUUGUUCAUGCAGGUUAGUGUCUGAUAAAAAAAUAUAUAGCUAAAAAAAAAAUUUUGAAAAUCUACUCGACAUCAUUCUCUGAUAUCCUCUUCCAGAACUUUCCUCAGCAACGGGAUAUGGACUAACAUCCCGCCACCCGCCAAGGGCCGACAGGCGGACACGGGCUCCAGGCUCGGGUUGCUAGUUGGCACAAAAACAUGACAUUUUUUGAAACGGGAUGAAACAGGGAGGUACCUGAACUUAUCCAUUUCAGUUCAUCUUUAUUUAAUCAGAGUAGUGACUGUUUUCCGGGGAGUAGCUUAAGAAACGCUAGUUUUCGUUUCAAAACGUUUUGCUGCCGACCCUCCUGACUGAGGCCAACCUAGGAGGAUAGACCGGCUGGUCUCAAGGAGGAUGUUCGGGCAGGAUGUGCUCCAGCCGGAAGAUCCUGUGGAGCCUGCUGCUGCUGUCAGUGUUGGAGGUGGGUCUCGGGGUGACCAGUAUCGUCCUGGGAGCCGUGGGGCUCAGCCGGGUCAGGGAGGAACACAAGCUGCAGCAAGGAGACGCUUCUCCCGUCUGGAGUGGCAUGUGUUUUCUAAUCUGUGGGAUGUGUGGAGUACUCUGUUCCAAGAAGAGGACUGGACCCAUCAUGAUUCUGUUCUCAGCUUGCUGUAUCUGUGGUCUGAUUGGAGGGAUUCUCAACUUCCAGUUCAUUAGGGCAUUGUCACGACGACCAGACUCUCUACGUUCCCUACACCUAGCAGCCAUGACUAUUGCCUGCCUGGGUAUCUCUUCCUGUACUCUCUCAACCUGGUUAACCUGUCGUCUGGCCAAUUCAGAACAACAGAGGAUGUUUCUGGAGAGAGAACACUCACUACAUCACUCACACGAGAUGGCUGAGAAGGAUUCAUACACACACGGAUCUUUCGAGAUCCUUGACAACUCCAGCAAUGGGAUUCCCCAGAUCUCCUACAAUGCUAACACCACAUCUCCUUAACAAUGGACACACCUUGUUGCCCUGACAACUGGCACAUCUUGUAACCCUGACAAUGGAACCACCUUGUUGCCCUGAUGAUGUACACACCCUGUUGCCCUGAUGAUGGACACAACUUGUUGCCCUGACAACGGAGUGACAUCGUGUAACAGAGCUGAGCAGCAUUAUUACACAGCUGUGUGUAGAGAACUUCAAUACAGAUGGAAGAAGUUUCCCAAAAUAAAACAACAAUGAACGCUA